UCCGCGGGUUUCAUGUUUUCUACUGUCUAUAUACAAUGGAAUCUUAUUAUCCUCUUGGUCAAAGGUUCAUGUACUAAUUAAGGAGCAAUGUUCGUUCUAAUUCUAAGCCAGAAACGAUUCAGUGUUUUUACAUCGUAUUUUAUCUUAACAAAUCAAUAAAUUAAAAGGGUCGCUGCUUCACGUCGUUAGCAUCCCAUUCUUGUUCUUCUCUCAGUACAUCAAUGUCUAGUUUAAGUAGAUGCUUUAUUGGAACGUAGAAACAUGCAGAUAUUCAAAAGCUUUCAUGCAGAUGUCACCUUCCUCGAAGACAUACUCGGCGAGACUCAGAAAGUAAUUUUUAUAUAUUUUUCCUUAACCUAUAUGGGCUUUUUCAUUAUAAUUAAAUAUAUAAAAAAGCACAACAUGCACAUGCACGAACCCCGGGUUCCCUCCACAAAGUAAUUUUUCCUUAACCUAUAUGGGCUAUUCAAAAGCACAACUUUGGUUUUGCUUUUCACGACUCUCUGGAGUUUUCGUUCUCAUUAGGUUUUGAGCUCCUCCGCCAUGAGAACACGGCGGCAAAAGAUCUUGGAGGAUCGUCAAACAGUCGUUGGACGGUUAUAUGCUGGAGAAAACUCAUUGACGAUCCCAGACGAUCUCAUCUUCGAGAUAUUCUCGAGAUUGCCUGCUAAAUCUAUACCUAGAUGUAGAUGCCUAUCGAAACUCUGGGCCUCCAUACUCGUUCGUCAAGAUUUCACGGAGCAGUACGUGAAAAGAUCAUCUGCUCGUCCUCAGCUCUUGUUCGCCUUCCAAGAAUACGGCGAGGUAUUCUUCUUUUCCGCACCUCAGAAUCAAGAAGAUGACAACUCGUCUCCUAUAACAGCCAGUUAUCAUAUGAGUUUCCCGGUUAGUCGUGUCAGAGAAAUAUAUAGUCCUAUCAGUGGUUUGGUCUGCGUUAAAGAUGAACGGAUCUUAAAGGGGAUGAAAACUCCAGUGACGGUGUGGAUGAUAUGUAACCCUAGCACCGGACAGUCUUUCACGUUACCUAGAAUAAAGACAAGGAAGAAAAGGUCUAGUGUGAGAAGCUUUUUUGGGUACGAUCCUGUUGAGAAGCAGUUCAAGGUUUUGUCAAUGACAUUUGCAAGUGACAUAAUAGAUGACGCCAUCUCUACGGAUCAUCAGGUUCUGACGUUACAAACUGUGAAACUCUCAUGGAGGAUGAUUGAAUGUAGCGUACCGCAUUAUCCUGGAUGUAAUUCUGUUUGCAUCAAUGGUGUUUUGUAUUACAAAGCUGAGAACAGAGCUGAUUCUCCUGCCUAUGGUGAGGUGAUUAUAGUCUCCUUUGAUUUUAGGUCUGAGAAGUUCAGCUUUAUUGAACUCGUCAAACCUUACAUUCUUGGUCUGAUAAACUUCAAUGGUAAAUUGGCUUCAGUUAUGCCGAGUGACUCUAAUUCUUUUAAUAGAGCAAGCACAAUUGAUUUGAGGGUUCUAGAUGACAUAGAGAAAAAUGAAUGGUCCAACCAUGUUUACAAACUGCCUCUGUCUUGGGAGAAUGUAGUUGCAGAUGCCGACUUACACUGUGUUAAAGUGACUGCUUCCAAUGAAGUUGUGUUGUCAGGGUACUACUAUCAACGCUCUCCUUUCUAUGUUUUCUACUACAGUCUUGAGAAGGAAACUAUCAGAAGAGUUGAAAUCCAAGGAAUGGAAGCUUUUACGCGUUUCCGAGUUUACACUUUUGUAGACCAUGUAGAAGACGUCAGGCCUAUGAAACGUGUUUUAGGACUCGCUCUUAAGUGAAUGAUCACAGGAUCUUAAUAUCUUUCCGCUGGUUUUAUGUUUCUCUUAUCCAUGAUGGGUAUGUAUCUCAUUCUCUUGUUCAAUGAACACCAAGGAGAAAUGUCUUUUCUAUGCUAAGCCUAAACAGUUCAGUGUUGGUUUUACAUCGUAUUCUAUAUUUGACAAAUGAAAAUACAACAAUAAAAGUGGUCGGUGCUUUAGGUCGUUAGCAUCCUAUUUUGGUUCUCUCUAUGUUACUCAAUACAUCAAUAUUGUUUACUUUAAGUAAAGGCUUUAUUGGAAUGCAGAAACAUGCAGACGUUCAAAAUCUUCCAAAAACUAAUUUGGAAAUUAAACUAAACUAUUGUCUACUAUUGUCUUCUAGGUUUUGGUUCAGAGCUUCAUCAUUAAUGUAGUCUAAAUGCAAAUUCCACAAAGUAAUACUAUUACGUAAGUUUUCCUUUUUCAUUAACCUCGGUCAAAACAAAACAAAAAAGUUAAAAGACAAUUGGAAACAGUAAGAUUGAAGUCGGUGAUCGGGUUAUAAAUAAGAUUUUGGUGGUCAAAGCUUGAAUUAUCCGAGAAAGCAAAAACUUAAGAGAGAGAGAGAGAGAUAACAAGAGAUCUUAAGAAACACUUUUCUUUGAGUGAAUAAAAGAUAAGGUUCUGAUAUUGAUUUCAUUCUUUUCUUUGAAUGACGCCAUCUAUCUGGAGCACCAAGUUGUGACGAUAGAAACUGGGAAACUUUCAUGGAGAAUGAUCGAAUGUGACGUGCCUCAUUUUCCUCAUUAUACUUCUGUUUGCAUCAAUGGUGUUUUGUAUUACAAAGCUGCUCUCCACGGGUCUUCCUUUGUUGAUACAAUAAUGUCGUCCUUCGAUGUUAGGUCUGAGAAGUACAACUUUAUUAAAGUCAUGAAACCUUUUCACUGAGUUAGUGCAUCCUGCAACAGUGCUGAUAAGCUACAAUGGUAAACUGGCUUCACUUAGGCCGAGUGAGUGUUUUGAUUUUCGUAGAAAAACCACAAGUUUUGAGAUGUGGGUUCUAGAUGACCUAGAGAAAAAGGAAUGGUUGGUUCAAGCAUGUUUACAAACUGCCUCCGAUUUGGGAGAAUGUAGCUGCAGAUAACUUCUUAAGGAAAUGGACUUGUUCAAAUGAAGUUGUGUUGGUAAAGUACUCUCUGUACGGCCCUUUCUAUGUUUUCUACUACAGUCUCGAGACGGAAACUAGCAGAAUAGUUGAAAUCCAAGGACUGGGAUCGUUUGGUGGAUUCAGAAUUUACACCUUUGUAGACCAUGUAAGAAGUAUCACAUGAAAGAGCAAUGUUUGUUAGGCUAGCUCUCAAGUGAUCUCAUUCUAAGAAGUAUUACAUGGUCUUACUAGAGCCCUUAUCUUCCCGCUGGUUUCAUGUUUUCUAUUGUUUAUGAUGAUGGUAUGCAUCUUAUCCUA